AUGCGUCUAGAUUGGCUGUGGGAGCAAUUGUCAUCCGCGGUGAAGGAGUGGCUCGAUCAGAUGGAUGCUGGGGGACAGGCGAAAAAGUGCAGUGACGCCCUGAACAACUUCCAGACUUGGUUGGUCAGCAUUCAAUCCGAUGUGGCCGUCUUCGAUAUGCCGUCUGACCUUCAGACUCGUGAGUUGAUCCCACCAGAACAUUAUGGCGAUUUCUUUUUACUCUUUUGUCUGCUUUCCGAUUAA